AUGGCCUCUUCAUGUAGUACGUCAAGUACGAAUAAGGCUACAGAUUACCUCUUGAAUCAAUGGGCGACCAAGAUGACGAAGCUUCAAGUUCAGGCCCUUCAGGGCUUCCGUGGCUGUAAAGCUUUGACGAUUCCUACUCCACCUCACUUGAAUGUUUCUUUUGUUGAUCAGGAUGCUCUGCCAACUUUCCCGAAUGCAGAAGCUUUUUCAUGCAUUGAGAAAGAGUUGGGAUUGCCACUUGAUUCUAUUUACUCAUCUAUUUCUCCAUCCCCUAUUGCGGCAGCCAGUCUGGGCCAAGUUUAUAAAGCGCAACUGAGGUGUUCUGGACAGGUUGUUGCUGUAAAGGUACAACGGCCUUGUAUUGAAGAAGCCAUAGGACUGGAUUUUUACCUGAUCAGAGGUGUGGGUUUUCUUAUAAAUAAAUAUGUUGACAUAAUCUCCAGUGACGUUGUUGCUCUUAUUGAUGAAUUUGCUCGUAGAGUAUUUCAAGAACUUAACUAUGUCCAGGAGGGGCAGAAUGCACGGAGGUUUAAGAAAUUAUAUGCUGACAAGGAAGAUGUUCUUGUCCCAGAAAUCUUUUGGGAUUAUACCAGUGGGAAAGUAUUGACGAUGGAAUGGGUCAAUGGUGUCAAGCUAAAUGAGCAAGAAGCAAUUGAGAAACAGGGGUUGAAGGUCCUGGAUUUGGUAAAUGCCGGUAUUCAAUGCAGCCUUAGGCAACUGCUUGAGUAUGGUUAUUUUCAUGCAGACCCUCAUCCAGGUAAUCUCCUGGCGACGCCAGAGGGGAAGCUUGCUUUUCUUGAUUUUGGGAUGAUGAGUGAGACCCCAGAAGAAGCAAGGUUUGCUAUUAUUGGUCAUGUUGUUCACAUGGUUAAUCGGGACUAUGAAGCUAUGGCCCGUGAUUAUUAUGCGUUGGAUUUCUUGUCUCCAGAUGUGGAUGUUUCUCCAAUUGUCCCAGCACUUCGAAACUUCUUUGAUGAUGCACUUAAUUCAACUGUCAGUGAACUCAACUUCAAAACACUUGUCGAUGGCUUGGGUGCAGUUUUAUAUCAAUAUCCAUUCAAUGUCCCAGCAUAUUAUGCACUAAUAUUGAGGUCGCUCACUGUACUAGAAGGCUUAGCUCUUUAUGCUGAUCCCAAUUUUAAGGUUCUGGCUGCUUCGUAUCCAUAUUUUGCAAAAAGACUUCUUACUGAUCCAAAUCCCUAUCUCAGAGAUGCUCUAAUAGAAUUGCUGUUCAAAGACGGUAGAUUCAGGUGGAAUAGGCUUGAAAACCUACUUGUUCAAGGACGCAAGGAUAGAGAUUUUUCUGCUAAAGAUGCUUUGCAACCGGUUUUGAAACUAUUAUUGGGUCCUGGUGGUGAGGAGCUAAGAUCUUUAGUUAUCAAAGAGGCUGUCCGUGUCACUGAAGCUAUUGUUCUGGGCAUGAUGAUUGAUACAUACAACUCCAUCCCUGAUAUUGUGAGGACUCUAGUCUUCAAUGUCAGCACAACUGGACCUUCUGUAAUGAGUGGCAGUGAACAGGAGAGCAUGCUGGCACUUCGAAAUCAAGUCUUCAGAGUGUGGGGGCUUCUACAAACUUCUGAGAAUUAUGAUCCAGCCCUUCUCCAACCUAUUUUACAGGUCCUACAAGAACCAGAAGCUCGUAUUCUUGGGGGGCGUGUUGUAGGAGGGAUUACCCAACGUCUUGCAGCACGAUUGCUACAACAACUUCUCCGAACUCCAACAUCAGUCCCUUCUUCAUAGAAGCUGUAAGGUACAUUUG